AUGACAACCUCACCACCCGCCCCCCAACCACACCUCAAACCCCCCUCCUCGCCUCUCCUCCCCCCAAACCAACCCCCCCUCCUCCUAACAAUCCGCUUCAGCGCCUCCAUCCCAGACCUCGAACUCGACAUCCCGCACCCCUCCCUCACCACCGUAAUAUCCCUCAAACACCUAAUCCGCCAACGCCUACAAGAGCCCAACUCCCAGCGCCGCCUACGCUUCAUCCACGGCGGCAAGAUCCUGCCCGACCCCGCCGCGCUAAGCUCCGUGUUACGCGCCCCGUUACCACCACCACCACCAUCAUCCCGACUCGACUACGAUGGAAACAGCACCAGCAAAGCCAAAGGCAAAUCCAUCCCCGGCCGCCCCGAGCCCCCCCAGCGCAUCUACGUAAACUGCUCCAUCGGCGAUAGUCUCACGACCGCGGAACUCGAGUCCGAAGCCGCCGCCGCCGCAGCCCAGGCCGGCCCCAUCCGGCGGCUCCUCGUCGCCGCUAUCGCGCGCUCCGACGCCUCUCCCCAGCACGUCCGCCGCGCCGCGCGGUUUCGACCGUUCCGCAGUAUCCAUGCGUCGCGUUUUACGCCGGACACGUUGCCGUCACCGGAUUCGUUCCGCAGGAUGGAGGAUGCGUGGAUCGAUGAUAAUGGGGCUUCGAUGCCGGCUACGGGUGCGCUUGGGAGCGGUGGGGGAGCGGGAGGGUUGAGUAAUGGGACGGAUAGCGAUGAGGUUGGGUUGGUGGCCUUGGUUGAUGUGAUGAUUCGCGGUGUGGUGACGGGGUUUAUGUGGCCAUUGGGUAGCGCGGGAUGGCUCGUACGAGAGGAAGGUAUGGCGAGUGGACGGUGGAGGUUUAUGGUUGGCGUGGGUGUUAUGUUUAGUGUUUUGAUCGGGAUUAUUAGGAGUAUUUCCGGCGAGAAAUGA